AUGCCGCUCUUAGAUUUCCCACCGGAAGUGUUUGAGAAUGUCGCCCACGAGCUGGUUUCUAUCGCUGGUGUCGGCAAAGCCUGGAAGCUCCGUGGGGUCUGUCGUGAGUACAACGGUGGUGAGGUCUCAUAUUCCGAGCGCAAGUUGACCGACAAGGAUCCUCUGGAGGCCCAGCCUUAUCUACCCGACAGAAUCAAUGACAUGGUCGAUUACCUUGCAGAAGAGCUAGAAAUCACCAAGAAGAGUGAGAAAGAAGUAUUAAGGCGGGAUCUCUGCGAUAAACUAGGUCACCCCACCUCGGCUAGCACGGUCUUUUGUGCUCUGAUUGAUGAACAUGCAUACUACGGGGAUUUCCUCUCUCACAUACCAUUUGGAGAAAUGGACAAGCUUAUAGCUGCGUCAAGCCUUGGACAUCAUGAUCUUGUUGGAACUGUGAUGAAAUCACUCAGCAACUACGACCCUCAUCCUGUUUUCGGAAGUCCACUUGAGCGAGCGAGCACAGAUCGACAGAUUCCCGUUCUCAAAGCUAUGCUACAUCAUCUUGGCACUGCUCUGAAGGACCCAAAACAAACGGAAGAAGUGCAAGAGCUUCUGAAGGCACAUCCGUUUCGUUGGCGGUAUAAGAAGAAGAACGGAUUUCGUCUCAUGGAGGUGAUAUUUCGUGUUCUCGAACGUUCCGACUUGGAGAUACUUACCAUUCUUGUUACCUGGUAUAAAGAAGAAGGGCUCACUUUCUCAAAGGCUAUGUACAACCUUUUGCUCGAGCAAGCCAUCCGCGAGUCGACUCUGAUCGUCUUUCAGUACGUGUUGGACACAGCAUACACAUCAUGCGAUAGGAACCGGUCCGCAGCCCGCAUCACCUUCGCUCAGUACUCUAUCGCAUGUACGCAUGGACGUGAGGACAUCGUCGAGUUGUUCUUCGAUAGAGGCUACAUCGAUCCCUUGCAGACGAAAACAACAGCUUCUGCUAUGAUUGAGGGCGUUCGCUCGGACUGUAUCGAGAUCGUCGAGUUACUUUUGAAAGCUGGAGCCAGCGUGAACACUAAGUCGAAGUUCAACCGUCAAGACAUGCUUCCGAUUGAACUCGCGAUAUUCAAGAAGAAUCCGAUCAUAACUCAGCGUCUGAUCGAUGCAGGCGCACGUCUGCCCAACAUGAAGGGCUGGCCAAUGCAUGAGGCUACGUACGAGGUGCUGCGACAAGCAAAGAUCAGCCAAGAUGGAGGCAAACAUGUCCUAAAGUAUAAGCGCUUCAAGAGAAUGAGCGAGGAAGAUAUCGAGAAAUAUCAGGCGCAGCACAAGGUUGGAGCCAUCAUCUAG